AUGCUUGAUGAUUAUGCUCUAUUUUCUGUCGUUACCGUCGUGGAUCAUGCUGAUUACGUGUAUGUGUAUGCUGGCGUUUUAGGCAGGUGGUGCCUGUUGGGAUGGUACAAUAUCGCCGAUGACUACAACUUUGACAAGAUUCGCGCCAUCUCGGUCAAGUAGAAGCUCAAUGUUUUUUGGUGAAUGGAUUAGAGUCAAUUUCUCGUGUACAUAUCAACGCUAGAUCAGUUUUUUAAACUCAUUUUAACUCAUA